UAUCCAUCUUUGUAUUGCCUUGGGUCCAAUCUCUCUGACCACCUACUCCACGCGAGCUCUCUCUCUUCAUCUUGUUGCUUUCUAGGGUUCUUUUCUUUUUCAUCAGGUUAUUUAAUUUGCCUUAUCUCGCAAGCUAUAAAUCUAAUCUCAGAAGUUUGUUCUUCUUCCGGAAUCGUUUUCCUUAAAUAGGAGUCGGUUAUCGCAAGAGAGAUGGCGAAUACUUCUUUCAAGGAGCAGCAUGACUUCGCUAAGAGAAAGGCUGAGGCAGCGAGGAUCAGGCAGAAGUAUUCAGAUAGGGUUCCGGUGAUCGUAGAGAAGGCAGCAAGGAGUGAUAUACCUAACAUUGACAAGAAAAAGUAUUUGGUCCCAUCAGACUUGACACUUGGGCAGUUUGCCUAUGUUAUUCGCAAGAGAAUCGAUCUGAGUGCAGAGAAGGCCAUCUUUAUGUUCGUGGAUAAUGUUCUUCCACCUACUGGUGCUUUAAUGUCCAAAUUAUACGAGGACAAGAAGGAUGAAGAUGGGUUUCUCUACUUCAUCUACAGUGGAGAAAACACUUUCGGGGGUCAAAAUAUGCAUUAGUUUUAUCACUCGAUGUCAUCUGCAUAACUUUUUUUUUUGUUUUUUAGUUUCUGUUAAUAGCAUUGUGGUUCUAUGCGGAACUUUCACCAGUGAUAAGAUGUACAGUCUUGCUUCUGUAUAGGUUUCAUGUGGUGUGGUUCUCUCCAGAAGGUCGCUUAAAUAAUAACUGUUCUUAAUGGACUGUUUUUCUGCUUGGUUCUA